GAACGAAGAAGCCACGAUAGCAGACGAACUUUCAGCUAAAAUCGUUCAGAGCGACAUCUAACGGUACACAGGGCAAUCAGCGGUCGCCUGCUGAAAAUGGCGGCGACCAAAGUUCUGCUAUUUCUGUCUUUGUUUAUGCUGCCGCUUUUACAAUGUGAAAAUAGUAACUCACCCCUAAAAAGGGUGAUUUAUUCUCUGGAGACAUUAAUAGGUUUUUACCGAGAGAAUUACAGGGAUUUAAAUUUGGAUGGACUUUUUGGCCUGCGAGCCCUAGAAGGUCAUUUACAGUUAAUACUUGCCGAACAUCAGAAUGGGAGUCACACUCAUUUAUCAUCGGACAUUCUGUCACGCCUGCGGACCAUGGCAUCUGUCAGUACUCUCAUCAGUAAUCAAGCGAUCGAGUUUGUUAGGAAAGAUGAUGAGGGCUAUUACAAUAGUAUGAGCUAUGUGAUUGGCCAGCCAUGGAAUAUUUUACACAAACAUCGAAAACUAGAUCAAGCAUUACGUUGGACGCCUAAAAUUUACAAGUCAACUAAACAAUUUAAAAUUGAUGAAGCGACGAGUGAUAAAUGUAUGGCCGAGCUAACAGGGAGUAAUCGCAGUGAUAAAAAGACUUGUUAUAUUGGCAAGGAAUGUCUGGAUACGAUGACAAUGAAGGGUUUAACAGAAUACGGAAUCACUCAUCAGAUAUUGUGGACCAUGCUGGCAGAAAAGACAAAUUGUUUACAGGAAUUGAAUAGUCUGCUUGGAUCGUCAAAAGGAACGAGUACCAGCGCUAUGCAACAGGAAUUCUGUACCAAUAAUUUUUUUGAAAUGGCUGCAGUGGUUCAUGUUUACAUGAAAGGAAAAAUCAAACAGGAUUAUCAGGAUUUAUUUCUCGAACAGCAGUUUGUGUGUCCAAGCUUAGGAUUUUAUGAAUUUUUAAAGAAGGAAUAUUUGGAUCAAGUGUUGUCGUGGCAGUUUCCAUCCGGAUGUUUUGGAGAUCCGAAAGGUAAUGUUGCAACAUCAAGUUCGGAAAUUCGAAAGAAACCUGAAAUGCAAAAUAUGGAUGGUCCUUUAGACAUGCUACCACAGAAUAUCAACUACGGUCAGCAGCAGCAACAACAACUACAACAACAGAAUUCGAAAAAUAUUCAAAGUUUACAAAAUAAUAACAUGGACACUCUACCUCAUAAUCGUGGUCAAAAUAUCCAAUCAUCUAAUAUUUUGAAAUCUCAGUUUGAUCAACGUGUAGAUACAAACUCUGUUUAUAGUAAAAAUUUGAACAAUCAGAAUUCAAAUCUAGUAAAUAGACUAGCAGCAAAUUUUAAUAAUCCGAUACCAGGUUUAAAUAAUGGUGCAAAUAACCUCCAAGCACCUGUUGGCCAGCAGAACUAUAACCCCAAUGGUGCAAAUAACCUGCAAGCACCUAUUGGACAACAGAACUAUAACCCCAAUGGUGUAAAUAACCUCCAAGCACCUGUUGGCCAGCAAAAUAAUAAUCCAGAUGGUGUGCAUCUGAACACCCUGGCACCAUUUCUUCAGCAGAACAUUGUGAAUAUAAAUAACAACAAUGAUGUUAAUAAUCCCAUGCAACGAAGAGGACAAAAUUCUGUAUUCCCUCUACCACCAAGUGAUACUAAUAAUUUAAAAAAUUCAAAAUUAUAUCAGGGCUUACAGCCAAUGGGUGCUAAUGUGAUAAAAUUAAAUGACAAUAUAAAACCUAAUGUGAUAGGGCAAGGGCAACAACGACAGCUGAUGAGUGCCAAUGAAAAUACUGCUUACGUUGGAAGGAAAUUAUUAGCAGAAAAAGAGAUGAAAGAUGGUUGUAUGGCCCACACUACUGCUGUUGCUACAGGAGCCCUUGUCAUGUAUUUACGAUAUCUCAUAGAUCCUGGUCCCCUGGAUCUUUAUAGUUCACAUCAUAUACUACAAGAAACAUCGCGUUCCUUGUUGGGUCAAGGGUUGGAUCAGUCCCCCGUCAUCGGAGGCGAUUCUCGGAAAGUCAAACAAGAAGGGUUAAUACCGGUGAAAGAUCCUAGUAUUAAUUUGAACCCUGAUCCUGCCGAAGACGGCCUCAACCCAAACGAGGUUGUUGAAGAUGACGAAGAGGAAGAUGAAGAGGAAGACGAAUAUGAGGAUGGGGAGGAAGAUGCGGAGGAGGACGACGACGACCCUGAUUACAAUAACGAUGCUAAAAACGAUGACGAAUUUUAUCCAGAUGGUGACAAUACCGCGGACAGUAAGAAACAUCCAGAGAAAAAAGUAGUUCACUUUGGGUUAAGACCGAAAGAAAUUGAAAUAAAGAAAAAUUUAUACGAGGGUGGUGAAGGGGAUUAUAAAGAAAAUGGAAAGAAAAAUAAUCCCGAGGAUGCCGAUUAUACAUAUUACGAGGAAGACAAUCACGCAAAAAAUAGUCCUAAAAAGGUCGUUAACGCGAAUCCUAUAGAAAAUAACAACAUAGACAAUAACGAUAUUGAUAAUAAUAAUAAUAAUAUUGACAUAGAAAGCGAUAAAGACGCUCGUGUAAAUUUAAUUAAUCCAAAUAUAGAUAGCGAAAUAGUGAAGGAACCUGUGACACCAACGCCACCUUCCAUGAAAACGGUUUUUGUGUUUUUUUCGGUGUGUUCUAUGGUAAUUCUGUUUUUUAUGUUUCGUUUUAUCAAGAAACGACGAAUACAUAUUCGAUAUCAUCCACGUGAUUUUUUGAGGUUAUGAUUUAGGUUAACUUUGUGUUGUGUUUGUUAAUGGAAGGCGAUCUGUGUUUUUCUUUGAUAUUUAUAUUUUUUAAUUUUAUCGAGCGCUGUGGCAAGAAUAUUUUGUGUUAACAUAUCGGGCUUCAGAUCCCUGUAACCCGGGUAUCAUUUAAUCUUGGGUAUUAAGCAUUAAUCUCUUUCACAUUCAUUCAAUAAAAAGCAUUUAAUUUGUACUUGUGUCGAGUUUAAAGCUGACCAUUCAAUUUUGAUAAUGAGUGUCCAAUUUAUAAGCGUUUAAUUUCUCGAUCACUGUUUAAAAAUAAACAACCCAAUUCAUUAUUGAUGUAUAUAUAAUGUACAGUGGUCAGGAAAUUAAGCACUUGGACACUCAUUAUCAAAAUUUAAACUGGACACAAGUACAAAUUAGAUGAUUUGGGGUGAUUUUAAACGAUUUUUUAAACAAAGAUUUGAUAUUAAACUAUUGUGAAAGAAUUUAGUGCUAGAUACACAAGAUUAAAUUGAUACCCCAUCUUCACUGGCCAAGAGUUAUGAUUCGCUUCACUUUCUUUAAGAAAGAUAAGCGAAUCAUAACCCUUGGCCAGUGAAGAUGAUGAUACCUGGGUUACAGUGAGUUUUAUGCAUGGUUUAUUGACCAAUAGGGCUUUCCUAUAGCUUCACAACUAGAGGUAUAGAAUCAGUUCUCCUGGUUCUGUAAACCUCAUUUAUUUUGUAGUCGGCACCAGCAGCCUUACAAAUCAAAAUUUUCAGAACUUCUGAAAGUGACUCACAUAUUACCCAAGUAUGAUCUUCAGAAUUUUCCAUCCUCGUUUCCCCUUGUCAGUGGUGCUGGAAGGAAAUGAAAUGGGGUUAAACGUCCUACUGUUCUGCUCCUACUGGGCUAAUGAGGACGGGCAUGGUAUGAGGGACAUUUUGCCUGAACAGCAGUGUUGCGACCUACUCUUUAUUUCAAAUUCCAACUGUCAAGGGUUCUUUUACAUGCACGCCAAUGUGUACACGGGACCUCGUUUUUUUGUCCCAUCCUUACGAGUAUACGUUGUCCCUUAACAGGCCCUGACAAGGGGGAACCACCCUGGAAAAUCCUAAUAAACUUUUUUUAGCCAAUGCAGGGAUCGAUGGGACCUCUAGGUUAGCGAGCUAAUGUUCUACUCCCUGAGCCACCGUGGCUUCCAAUACUAACUGGAACAAUGUUUAGUUGUUCAGAUGGGAUGAAAAACCAAGUUGGAAUUUGGGGCAAAGUUUCCCUCAUAGCUCAUUGCAUGGCACAUGCAGAAAAGUGGGAUGAAAAGCACAUUUCAUUUCUUUUUGACAAUGCACAGAAAUUUGUGACUUGUUUGGGAAAAUGGCUAAGAGACUAGCAUCAGACAGAAUUCGAUCUGAAAAAAGAGGUUAUAGAAAUACGUGAAGUCAGGUUUUAGAAAAAUAAUUUAAAAAUUUUGAUUUGUAAAUCAGCCGGUACAGACAUUACACAUGUAAAUAAAUGGAGCCGUGAUAUAUGUUGUAAGUAGGUGAUUUCCAUUGGUUAACCAGUGGGGAUACUGAUUUCCAUUAGUUAACGAAAUGGGGAUACUGAUUUCCAUUGGUUAACGAAAUGGGGAUACUGAUUUCCAUUAGUUAACAAAAUGGGGAUACUGAUUUCCAUUGGUUAACAAAAUGGGGAUACUGAUUUCCAUUAGUUAACAAAUUGGGGAUACCGAUUUCCAUUGGUAAACCAUGAAAUGGGGAUACUGAUUUCCAUUGGUUAAUCAAGUGGUGAUACCGAUUUCCAUUGGUUAACCAAGAGUGGAUACUUAUUUCCAUUGGUUAACCAAGUGGGGAUACCGAUUUCCGCUAAAAAUUGUCCAUGGUGUAAAAUCUGUAAUAAUUGAGAUUACCAUCGUAUUGAAGACUAAUACAAAGGAAAGGGUGGAGGUGUGUGUGUGUGUUUCUAGAACAAAUCGUUAAUAUUAGAGAUCAUGUGAUCUAACAGUUGCCACCAUAUAUGGCUAUGUAUAGAAAAGAUUUUUUAGCUUGCACUAUCUAGGCCAGGGGUGGCCAACCCAUGGCACAAGUUCCACAUUGGACUAUUCCAAGUGACAUCACUGCACCGAAUCAAAAGUCUCAUUAAGGUAAACAAUGUUGCUAUUUCUGUUAACAUCUCUGGACCAUGAACCGUGCCACAAUUUGUUGUUUUGCAUCUUGGGGGAUGACCCCCUUCGAACAGUACAAACGACAUGAAACUUGGAAUGCUUGGUCCUUGAUGUGACGUAUUUGUAGCAUUGCACGCCUGGAGUUGUUCAGAUAAUUAAUAAUGUUUCUAUCUCUGUUAACAUUUGUCAAAAAGUCUUCGGGAAGCUUUCUAUAUGGUUCAUCUGAAGUUGUAGGUAUUAUAUUCGGCGCAUGGAAUGUAAAAGUUUGGCCACCCCUGAUGUAGGCCCUACUAUAUGACAAAAGGCCUUUCACUAAAAGUCCCAUAUAAGGCCAAAUAAGAAAAAUAUUCUGGUUGUCAGAUAGGCCUACUCUUUUGUCACUUAAAAAAAGAGAUGCAUGACCUUCUCAUAAUAACAGUCUCAUUCAUUAUUGUAUGUUAAUUUUUUCUGUGGGGUACAGGUUAUAAGUCUAUAGAAACGAUUCUAAUGAAACCGCAAAUGUACUGUAUGGCUCAAUUAUUACACAUGACGUAGUGGAAUUUUGUUUACAUCUCAAAAUAAUUUUUGUCCCCAAUUUUUUUAAUGUUGCAAAAGAAAUGAAAGUUGUUUGAGGGGCUAUAAUUUGUACUUAUAUCAUGCGUAAACUUGGGAUAUUUAAUAUUAAAUUUGGAUGUCACAUUGACAAGAAAUUAUUUUGAGAUGUAACUGUAACAAAAAUUCCUGGACAUCAAAUUCUUGAUCAUAUCCAACUCUCAUAAACAUUAUUGACAAUCAUAAUGGUACUGGAUAAUCAUGCAUUCAACAACUUGAUGAGAUAAAUGGUACUGGAUAAUCAUGCAUUCAGCAACAUGAUGAGAUAAAUGAUACUGGAUAAUCAUGCAUUCAACAACAUGAUGAGAUAAAUGAUACUGGAUAAUCAUGCAUUCAACAACUUAAUGAGAUAAAUGUAGUGCCUUGAAACGUGAUGUUAGCCCAGUAGUCAUCCUAGGAUCAAAAAUAUAUAGAGAGAAAAAUGGGGUUUAACGUCCACUCGCCACGAACUAAGUCAUUUCGGGACUAACACAUGGUUCAAUUUUAUUUCAAUAUUUUGCUUGUGUGUAGGGGUCUUUAGCAGUGGGAGGAAACCGGAGGACCCGGAGAAAACCCUCCCGCAUCAGAUUUUUAGGAAGGAUUGUCUAGGAAUCAGAAUAUUUUUUUUGCAUGGCCUAACAAGAUAUAAAUACAUAGUAUUGAGGAUAUCCAUUUUUAUACGCCCACAUGGAAAUGUUGUCGUAUAUUGCUGUCGCACUCGUCCAUCAGUCAUCCACACUUUUUUUUUUUUUUAUAAGCAAUAUUUUAUUCAGAUUUGUAUCUGAAUAGGGAUUAGGGAAUAGGCAUAGCCUAUAUUAAACCCCUCUCCCUCACACUUUUUUGUGAACUACAUUUAUCAUUUGAUUGUUUUCAAAUUGAUAUAAGGUAUUGACACUACUGUCAAUUUCCCUUAAUUUCUUCUGGAGUUAUGGCCCUUGUUUCACUUUAUUGCACCUUGUGAACGCUCUUAAUGACAAAAGUUAUCACCCGGUAUGUAUGAAAUUUAUAUGCAUUAUUUAUAUUAGUAAGAUCUAUGUGAAAUGGUCUUGUAAAUGCCCCUCAUUACCUACAAAUGGAUAAAUAUGUGACAACCCUUGUGGAUCGCUCAGACGAUUUAGCAGCUGUGGGCGUAUGUUUUAUUGCCUGGCAACCUAUUUUAUGUACUUGUUAUAUCUCUGAAACUGUGUGUAUACUUGUCUAUAAUGUAUUUAGUAUAUAAAGUGUAAAUUUAUUAUAUUGUAAAAUUAUUCAAUUAUAUUUAUAGGGGUAGAGUAGUUUGGUCCUUUUGUUAAUGGAAUUUUUUUAACAUAUUAAACCUAUGUUUUACCAAUCUGAUUAAAACACAGAUCCUAUUUUAUUUCGUUUUUUAUAGUUCAAAAUUUCGUUUUACUUGUCUUUACUACACUAGGAUCUGGAAGAGUUGUUAUAUAAUAGGCGUUCUUAUUGAUGUGAGGGAUUAGUCAAUGAAACAUGCCAUGCACCGAACUGUGGGUAAACCACUAGAAACGUCAACGCUGAUUGAUUAAUCAAUGUCUGAUGUCAUAGGGUCAAAAGCCGCUCGUACGACCCUUGACACGACCUUUCAGUACAACUCGUCAGAUCUUCAUGUAGUGUAGGCCAUCGAAGGUAACGGGUAUAUAUAAAAAAAAAAAAAACGAAAAAUAGAUCUGUACUUUAAUCAGAUUGAUGUUUUUCAAGAUUGAAGAAUAUCAUAAUAGCCUACCAUGUAAUAUACAUGUCACAAGAAGCAAGUCUUCUGCGGCCAGGUCACGCCAAUCUAAAGAAUUGUUUUUUUUUUAAAAAAAAUUUAAAUUGUUUCACCUGAUAAAAACAUCCCGACGAGCAGCUCCAGAUUUCACAGGGUAUAUGUUGAAUUAAGUUCAAACUUCUGUACAUAGGCCUAUAAAUAUCAGAAAGGUGAAGCACCGGAUUACUUGUCCUCAAUGCUUGUUUCUGAAGUCCGCCAACUAUAGACUUAGGUCAUUCGGUCAUAGAAUAGAUGCUUCUCAUACACUGUACCAAACCUAUGGAAUUCAUUACCUUGACCAUAAAGAAUUCAUAAUCUCUUAGCUGUUUUAAUAAGGAGCUUUUAAAGACUCAUCUUUUUUUCUACUGCUUAUUAAAAUUAACUGUGUUUUUAUCUAGUGUGUAGUAUUUUUAGAACUCAAUAAAUGCCCUUCUUUGUGUAGCCCUAUUAGUACCCCUUAAAUGGGCUUAAGUGUAGCCCUAUUAGUACUCAAUAAAUGAUCAUCUCUGUGUAGCUCUAUCAGUACUCAAUAAAUGAUCAUAUAUAUGUAGCCCUAUUAGUACUCAAUAAAUAAUCUUAUAUGUAGCCCUAUCAGUACUCAAUAAAUGAUUUUCUUUGUGUAACCUUAUUAGUUCUCAAUAUGGUCUGUUUUGUAUAGCCUAUUAGUACCCAAGAAAUGAUCAUUUUGUAUCCUUUCUCGUACCCAUUUAUGAUCUUCUCUGUGUAGCCCUAUUCAAUUAAAUGAUCUCCUUUGUGUAGCCCUAUUCAACUAAAUGAUCUUCUUUGUGUAGCCCUAUUCAACUAAAUGAUCUUCUUUGUGUAGGCCUAUUCAACUAAAUGAUCUUCUUUGUGUAGCCCUAUUCAACUAAAUGAUCUUAUUAAUGUAGCCCUAUUCAAUUAAAUGAUCUCCUUUGCGUAGCCCUAUUCAACUAAAUGAUCUUCUUUGUGUAGCCCUAUUCAACUAAAUGAUCUUCUUUGUGUAGGCCUAUUCAACUAAAUGAUCUUCUUUGUGUAGCCCUAUUCAACUAAAUGAUCUUAUUUAUGUAGCCCUAUUCAACUAAAUGAUCUUCUUUGUGUAGCCUUAUUCAAUUAAAUGAUCUUCUUUGUGUAGCCCUAUUCAAUUAAAUGAUCUUUGUGUAGCCCUACUAAUAGUACUCAAUAAAUGCUCUCUGUGUAUUUACCCAAUUAUCAAAGUAAUAAUUCAAAUAAUCAAACAGGAAAUACAUGUAUAACAGGAAAAAAGGUAUAAUAUAUCCCUAGUGGUAUCAUUUAGACUAAUGAUUAUUGUUUUUUUAAAUAAAUCAAAUUAAGAAAUCAAUUAUUUUUUCGUUCUCAUAAAUCAAAUAUAAAGAGCAGAAUUAAAAAUAAAAUGAAUUCUCUCCUUAACAGGCUUGGAAAUAAGGCACCGGUCACAGACAAUGUCAGGCACAGCUGGUGCUUUUCAUUAUGUCAGGUACUGUUGGUCUGAUUUUAGUGUUUUUAUUAAUAAAUUUUAAUACAAGUCAGGUACUAAUUUAAAAUUAUCACAUAGAAUAGAACUUCAAUAAUGCCUGACAUUUUGUGGUAUAUAACCAAAUAUGUUAUUUCCAGGUCUACUCAUAAAUCAAAACAUUUACAGUCAAUAAUGUUUAAACAUACAUUAUACAAGAGCUAAAUCUGCCUAUUUAAGGUCUUCUUUCUUAAGACCUGAAAUGUUAUAUAAAUUAUUAAUUAGACAUUAAUUAACUUAUCCAGACCCUAAUCAACUCAGGAUGGCAUCAGAUGUUCCUGAUUUUAACUAGAUUAGAACAGUUCGCCAUUUAAAAAUUUUAAUUUAAAAAUGAGAAAGCUAGGCUUAAUCUCAAAUAUAUCAGUGCCCUGGUUACCACUAGUAUGCACACAUCUUGUCAUAACUACAAAUGGUGAUAACUUGUCUCAGAAUGAAGUAAUUUGAAUGAAAUUUUCAUUUUACAUUAUCUAUUUUUGAGCUAUUAUAGCAAGAAUGGUCAGUUCUUUAUCUAAAUCUUACAUAAUGUAUAUUUAAUAAACUAUGUCAUUUAGAAAAUGGCCAUAUAAGGCUGCUGUUUAUAAUACAAAUUCUUAUUACUGGUAUGAAUUUGCAUUUCAGUUGAGAAAUUUAAAGACUUUUUAAUUGUUUUUUUUUUUUUUAAAAGCUUAAAGGCUCAAUACCACUCUUGUUGUAACUGAAUAAUAUGUCCCAAUCUUUACUCUGGUCAACAAAUUGUACUAUUUUAGAAUAUUUCAAUAUAUAAAUUUCAUCUAAACACACUUUAUUUAAAAAUUUUGAAAAAUUCAACAUAAUGGUUUGAAACAUCUAACGUAAACCUUUUCAAAUGAAACUUUGAUUUAAAAAUAUUUUCGAACCCUCUGGACGAGUAAAAUAGGAUGUAAUGGAUAAUUUUACACAACAGGUAGGACACUUAAACAUCUAGUACUUAGAUAGAGAUAUUAUUUAUUUUCUGGAGCUUUCAAGCCAGCAAGAGUGUUAUUGUCCCUUUAAGAGAAUGACCUUUUUUUUUGUUGAGAAUGUGUUUUUAAUGUUGCUUUAAAUUAUUUAAUUCAGGUGAAAAUGAUUGUUUUUGUCAUGUAUUGAAUGCAUUAUUUUAGGAAUGACCAAUAAUUUAUAUAAAUUUGGGCUUUUUGAAAUAUGAUCAGACAACAGCUUAUCAAUAAAAUAUUAACUUAUUUAUCAA